CAGCGGGAGUGACGUCAUACCGGUAGACUCAGGUGACCUGAAGUCUCGGAGGUUAAAGUUCUGCUCAUCAGAAUAGUUCUUCCCGGUACCAGCUAGCUGCUAGCAGCUACAUCUAUCUGCUAGCAGCUACAUCUAUCUGCUAACGAGCAGCUCAACAGAUUAGAACAGAAACAGGUAGCUUAGCUUAGCUUAGCUUAGCUUAGCUUAGCUUAGCUUAGCUUAGCUUAGCAUCAGGCCCAGAACAACAACAACAACAGGACCAGGACCAGGACCAGGACCAGGACCAGGAUGGACUCGUGGGUUCGGUUUAACUCUCAGAGCCAGGCCAAAGAGAGAAUCAUCAGGGCUGCUCAGUAUGCCUGCACUCUGCUGGGCUACACGCUGCAGAAGGGCGGGGCGGCGGCUGAACUUCACAAAACCAUCAGUCAGCUGGAAGCACACAUGAGCCUGACGAGGAAGUUGCUGCGUCUGGGGAACUCCGUGGAGGCGCUGGAGGCUGCCAAGAGGGCCAUCCACCUCUCUGACAGCGUGCUGAGGCUCUGCCUGACCAUCAGCCACCUCAACAAGGCCAUGUACUUCGCCUGUGACAACGUCCUGUGGGCCGGAAAAACAGGCCUCAUCUCCAACCUGGACCAGCACAAAUGGAGUCAGAGAUCUUUCAGGUACUACCUCUUUGCUCUGAUCCUCAACCUGACUCGAGACGUGUACGAGCUCCGCCUCCUCGUCGACUGUGAAGCACGUCACAGAGCCACCAAAUCCCCUCCUCCUCCCAACCCCAGCACCACCCUGCCCGCUGACCACUCGUCCUCCACUUCCACACCUGCUGCGUGGCUCCGCAGACAGCUCCACCUGCUGGUGACGGUGCUGUACGGCAACCCGCCGCUGCUGUUGGACCUGCUGAAGAACAGCUGUGAUAUCUUCAUCCCUCUGGACCGGCUGGGCAUUUACCCUACGGGGUCGGGCUUCGUCGGGGCCUGCGGCCUGGCUUCCUCUGUCCUCUCUAUCCUCACCAUGGUCCACCCCUGGCUCAAACUCAAGCCGUGAACCCAGAUCCACAGUGGAGGGGUCCGUCUGAGGAGCCACGAGGAGGACUGAGACUCUAACAGGGCUAACACACUGAACAAUCUGCAGCUGCUGGUGUGCUGUGAUUUUGGACUAGUCAUCAAACAGGUUCUUCCCCUCUGCAUCACACACUGCUUCCACUGAUUACUGCUGAUUACUGACCCGCAUGUUUGAACCCAUCAAAGUUCCAGCUUCAUGCUUCAGAUGGAAGAACAGUUGUGUCUUUAAGGGUCUGAAGGUUCGUGUCUGUUGAAGCAGCGUUGCAUCCAUGAAGGUGCAUACCUGAUGUCUCAUUGUUGUUGACAGGAUGUGCACCUUCGUUGUGUCUUAACCCGUCUCUCCGUCUGGUACAUCGUACUGAUCGCCAUCCAUUUGUUUUCCUCCUGAUCGUCCCAGCUCACCCUCAGUCAGAGCAGCUAUCUAUGGAGUAUUCUCUGGACAACCACCAGAUCAGCGCUUCCCAACCUGUUCUAUCAAUGAGUAAACUGACGAGCCCUGACUACGGGACAUAUGUUAUGUUCAUAUUGUUCAUAUUAUAUUGAAUGCAUAACAAUAACAGCACAGAACAGCUGAUAAACUGUUAAAUUAACCCAAAUAGUGAACGCAAUAACUGCAGUGAGUUGAAUAUUACAUCAGAGACGAGUUUUCCUGUUAUUUUUAUGAACUUUUAAUACAAAUCUCUGUUUUAUGUAUAAUAGGCUUCUUAUUGUGUUUGGCCGUUGUUCUAUCAGCUCUUUGCUUGUUUUAAUGGUGUACUUUUCUAAUGCAGGACGAGGCUGUUUAGCAGAGAGAGAGACGGUUCUGUGAAUAGAGCUUGUUUUUAAGUCUUCACCCUGAUUCUGUGAAUUUAUUAAAAUCUGUCUGGAGCCGCAAAA